CAUCGGAAAGCGCGGUUGCCUGGGCAGCCAAAGCCGAAGAAGAUGACGGAGAGCGAGGAAGAGCAGCAGGAGCUAGUGCUGAGAAGGAGGAGGAAGGUGCUGGUGACGCUUCAGGUGCCGGAACCAGGAUAGUGGGUGGCACCGGUUGGCAUGGUGGACCUGCCACUCAAGGCAGACCUAGGGGUGCUACUUCUCAUGGUUUGGCUUCCUAUCGUGGCCUCAUCCCCCUGGAGACCCUGAAAAGGAGCAGCAGCCCUGGAAGGGCGGGAGGCUUGGUGUGGGUGCAAAGCAGGCGAGAGGAGCUUCUGCAUGCAAGACUGGGAGCUUCUGCAUGCAAAGCAGAUACUCUCCCUUCCCAACAUGGCCUGCUUUGCGUAAAUACACAUUUCACCCACCUCACCCCUUUCGUCAGUGAUUCCCUUGCAGCAAAUAAACUGCUCGGCUUAAAGCAUUUUGUGCUGCUGCUGUUUUUAAAUGGAAACGGUGGCUUCUGUUAAAGAAUGCCCAUAGGGAAAAGUUCUCAAAAGUGGUGGUGGUAGCGUGUAAUAUAUAAAUACGCACACAUACAUAUGCCUUUCCUUUAGCUCCUCUUUCUUUCCUUUCCUGCCUCCGGCAUCUGUUCUCUUGGGAUUGGGGUCAGAAGCACAGUAUACUAGGACUGCCAACUUCCUAACUGGCCUUUCUCCUGCAUCUUCCACAGAAGCCUGGCAAAGAUGGAGAUAGAAAAGUGUCACUAUAUAAUUCCUGCUUGUUGGGCUGCUUUUUAAAGGCACAAGACCAGGAAGUGGGGGGGGGGAAGUCAUGGCAGCCCUAGAAGACUGGCCUGUGUUAUAUCUAGGCUUGUGCUCAUGGCCUCUAAUUCCUUCCUAAUUUGCGCUAAUUAUUUUUUAUGAUUCAUUUUCUUCCUAGGCUCGUGUCAGGGGUUACCUGGUCAGGAAGAGAUUUCAAAGCUUAAAGGGGGAAUAUGAGAGCAUUGUCAAGGAGAUUGAAGGGGAUCUGGAUUGGCUGAAGUGGAACAGGCAUUCCAUGCCAGUGCCGGUGUUUCUUCCAAAGGUAUAGUUGCUGGUUCUUUCUGCUCUUGGUAGAAGCUGGCAGUGCUUUCACUGGCUUUUAAUUGCACCAGAAGGAAAGAGAAGAGGAAAAUGAGAACUGGCUUCAGUAAAUGUGAGGGUGCUAAUUACUGUUGCAGCCUUGUACUGAAAAUGGUGCUCUUCUUCCUCUGUCUUAUAGUCUGUCCAGAAACCAAUAAAAGCCAGGGAAUUAAGUGUCCAAGAGCCAGGAGCCAACAAGAACAAGUUGCAUGAAAAGGAGGCAGAGCUUUGUUGUCAAGAGCUAAUCUCCGAAAAAGACCCUGAUUGCAAGAUGCAGCUUCCAAGCAGCCUUCCAGCUGAGGCUGAGGAGGAGUGUCUUGUGGGCAGGCCCCCUGGGAAUGCCUGCAGCCUGCCAGGAGAGAGUGAGGAAGGCAAGCACCACAACAGCAUGUCGUCCGAAUGGAGCAGCAUGAUCCUCGACAUGGAGUCUCCAAGGCUGAGCCAAGGUAAGGCAUGUGGAACAAUUUGAGACUCCAAGCUCCCACCCAUUGUCUUCCUUUGCUUUGCAGUACAGUCAUACCUCAGGUAGAAGUAGCUUCAAGUUAAGUAUUUUUGGGUUGCACUCCGCAGCGACCCGGAAGUAAUGGAGCGCGUUACUUCUGGGUUUCACCGCUCGUGCAUGCGCAAACGCUCAAAAUUGCAUCACACGCAUGCGCGGAAGCGGUGAAACGCGACCCGUGCAAGUGCAGACGCGCAGUCACGUGUUAUGUUUACUUCAGGAUGCGAACGGGGCUCUAGAACGAAUCCCGUUCGUAUCCAGAGGUACCACUGUAGUUACUGUUUUUCUCUGUUCUUCAGCAUCAUCACCCAACAUGGUCUUUUUGCUUAUGCUAAAAAGGCAGGUCCCUGCCCCAGUAAAAUUACCUGGUGGGGGUGGGCAGCAAAGAGGAGCCAACAGGAGGGGAAAGGCAAGGGGGAGGCAGACUAAGAGUGGUUUCUUGACCUUUUGGUGUGCAGAGCUUCAUUUCCAAAAAGUACCAGAGAUGCCCCAAGCUGUGCCUGACCUCCAGCGCUACCGAAAACACCUGGCCAUGGAGCUGCUGUGGCUGCAACAAGCAAUCGCCAGCCGUAAGAACGUAAGAGCUGGUUCUCAAGGAUCUAUGGGGUGCCUUCUGUGCAUGGGGAGGAGAUGCUAGGAGAGCAGGUGCUGUGGUGUGGAGCUGUGACUUCUUGUUCACACCUUUGUAAGAUGAUGCCUACAGUACCCUCCCACCCUUGAGAAAAGAGCUGGUGGGUUUGGGAUGAUUCUUCAGCUUUUGUUUCUUUUAAAUUCAGUGGGUGGGUGCUCAGCCACAAAUAGCUAAAAUUGUCAGAGGCAGUAUCCAUUGGAGUCUAAAGGGGGUACAUUGUAUGCUGGUGCUUAUUAGUGUUUAAUAUUCAUUUCAGAACCAACAGUGCACUAGGUGCUGUACAAAGGACAAGACUUCAUCCACAACUCGUUUCCUUAUUUCUUCCUUUUCUUUCUUUUUUCCCUCCCUCCCUUCUUCAUAGUAUUUGAUCCUGAAGCAGAAGUUGGGGAGCCCAGAGUGACUGCCGACUUGGAGGUCUCCAGCCUAUGUUCCCAGUCACACAGAAGCAGAUGUAGCUGUUCUUACCAGCCAUCAGGGGGAAGAAAGCAUUGGGAGAGCAGCUCCCACCAUAACUGAAGGGAAGGGCUUGUGGUUCCCUGGAGCUGGCUACUUUGCAUGGUCCCAGCUUUCAUGCUUGUGAAAGCGAGUGAAGAUCCUCUUUUGAUUUUUCAUGUCACAGCUUUGCCUGUUGUGGGUGUGUCUCUUAGAGCAGGGUUCAUUGUGGAAGGGGGCUGAGGGGCUUUAUGGGGGUCGGAAGACAUUGUUCCAGUGCGAGUCAGGCUGGCAAGUCCUGUCUUAACAUAAUCAUUUUUCUCAAUUCUUGUUCAGACUAUAACCAUUUUUGCUUUCAAUUUGAUAAUGCCCCUGGGUCUCUUUCCUUUUCAGUGAGACAGCUGGAAGAGGUGAGCCAGGCAACCUCUCUCCAGUUUCCCACUGUAUAGUAUAUAUAAAAGUAGGUUUUAAAGUACAGGGUGUUUUUUCCCCUCCAGGACCUUGUUUAAUAUUCCUUCAAGAAUGCAACUUUCUUUCCAUCAUUGAAUCCCUACUUCUCAUCCAGCAUUUUGGACCCACUUCUUUGACACAAGAAUGAUGAGCAUUUAUUAGUGAGGGCUGAUUUUACCUUCAUUUUAUUGCUACUUAAGUUUGCAUACAAUAUUUUAUUGCCACAUUUUCACAUAAGGAGCCAUUUUUGUGAAACCUCCCUAUACACAGUAGUCACAUGAGAAAUUGCCCCUUUACAGCCCUCCGCUAUGAUAACGUUUUACACAAACUAUUUAUUCCUUGAGUGAUACUGAGGCAGUGAUGUCGCCACAUGCAAACCACCACACUCAGUGGAAUAAAGGUGAAAUGGAGACAUGUGUCUUCAGCCAGUUAUCUUCUUAAAUCUUUGCUUUCUUGUUCUUCUGUACUUUGCUACAUUAGCAGUAUAUAUACAAGGACAAUCUACACACAUGGGAUGGGUUUCUGAAGGCUUGGAGAGUGGGGAGUGCUAUUUUUUAAAAACAGAAAAAUGAAGACCAGACAUGUUCAGUGGCCACAGAAUACUGAUUUGGGGGGAGGGGUGCUGUUGAUGGGAAACUGGGUGGGAUAAAUGAUGGUGGAGUAUCUUGCACUCAACACUGCAACACUCACCACCACCCCUCCUC